AUGGCGAUUGGCACAAGUUUCGUCAUUACCAAAAUAGGUCUAAAUCACGCCACAGAACGACAUGGAUUUGAGGGAGAAGGAUAUUCAUACCUGAAGAGCCCGACAUGGUGGGUUGGUGUCAGCACCUUGGCUAUUGGGGAGGCCGCCAACUUCGCGGCGUAUGCAUUUGCGCCCGCCAUCCUUGUGACACCUUUGGGCGCGCUUAGCGUCUUGAUUGGUGCCGUCCUAGGGUCCUACUUUCUCAAAGAAAGACUUGGUGUCUUGGGCAAACUGGGCUGCGCUAUGUGCCUGCUUGGAUCAGUCGUCAUUGUCUUACAUGCGCCUCCGGAUCAACCAGUUGAGACAAUUGACGAAAUUUUGCAAUAUGCGCUUCAGCCUGGUUUCUUGAUCUACUGCCUUGCCGUUGCGAUCUUUGCCACUGUGAUGAUAUACCGAGUCGCUCCACUAUACGGAAAGAGAAACCCCUUGAUUUACAUCUCGAUAUGCUCCACCGUUGGAUCUGUUUCUGUCAUGUCCGUCAAGGCCUUCGGGAUUGCCUUGAAGCUUACUUUGGGAGGCCACAACCAGUUCACCCAUGCUUCGACAUACGUCUUCCUCAUCGUCACAGGCUUCUGCAUUCUCACGCAGAUGAACUAUUUCAACAAGGCCUUGAACGAAUUCUCGACCUCGAUCGUCAACCCUCUAUACUAUGUCACUUUUACUACCGCCACUCUCUGCGCCUCGUUUAUCUUGUUCAAAGGGUUCAACACAACUGAUGCCGUCAACACCAUAUCAUUACUUUGCGGCUUUCUGAUCAUUUUCUCCGGCGUAUAUCUCCUGAAUAUCUCACGAAAUGACCCAGACGGACAUAUGAUGAACGCAAAAUAUGACGACGAAGGAGUUCCUACGGACGGAAUUGCAGGCUUCCAGACUCGUCGGUCGAUGCAGGCGCGUAGGAGUAGCGAACCGCACCGCCGGAGCUCUUCCAGCAUCGCUUUCCUGAGCGGGCGUGGUGACCGUGAAGGCCUCAUCCGCUCUUACGAUGUCGAGAACCAAAAUUUCGGGCUCUCUGAGCUGACCGAGGAAAGUGAUGGUGAGCCCGGCCCUACCUUCAAGAGGAAUGAGGAGGUAGAUCGCACAUCCCAGCAACGGAAGAAGAACGAUGAUCUAUAG